AUGACCGAUGGGGAGGAGUAUAUACCCACUGCACGCGGCGACCACCCAGACAGCAAGGAUGCAGACGAGAGCCAGAUCGCAACCACCACCACUCAAGGCGACGCCGCGCGGAGAACAUUCGAUGUGCCCGAAAUCUUCCUCAUGAUACUCGAAACCCUUGCGCCGCUUCAGCUUUUGGUAGCCUCUGGCAUCAACAAGAAUGCGCAGCACCUGAUUACGACCACACCUUCACUCCGACGAGCCAUGGGGCUGGCGCCGGCUCUCGACAACGACUUCUGGGUCCCCAUGAUCGGAGGCAUCCAAGAUCUCUAUGCUCGCCGGACGAACUCCCACAGCUCUGUCGCACUGCACGCAUCAGGGGCAAAGGAAAGCGAUCCCUCUAUAGCCAUGUGGAAAGUUCACUUCAGCCUGAGCUUCAGCUUCAGCGACUCCGAGCACAAAUCGUACCCACUGCCAAUCGCAGGUGGACUUGGCCGCAAUAUCUUCCUUUGUCUCCCGGUGGUCAAGACGGCAACCAUCCAGCUCGUCUGCGAUCACGUACAAGACUGCGAUCACGCACAAUACUAG